AUGGUGGGCAGCAAUUCCUUUAUCUCCAACGCCAUCAGCACCACCAGUGUGCCCAAUGGUAUUAGCGGUCGCAGUAACAGCAACAGCAGCAUCGCCGGCACUAGCACCGUCGUCGUGCAAAACGGCACUAGUCCAGGUAGCAAAACCGUAAUCGAUGCGAAUUCGGUCAAUACCGCUUCACUGGCAUUUGCAACCAGCAAUAAUGUGGUGAGCACUGCGAAAGGGAGUUAUCUUCGGCAGCAGCAGGGCAGCACUUCCGGUGUCAUUACUCCUGCGAUCGGCAACACGAGCAUUUUGGUGUCUCCGGGGGUGACCAAUCGAAUAGUUCCGAUUUCAAACCACAAAUCCAUCACAAGCGGAAUGAUCAAUCACAGCUCAUUGAUGUUUGCUACGGCUAAUCAUCAACAGCAGCUGUCGGUCCUUUCGAACGCAUCUCCAGUAGGCGAGGGAUCAGUUGAGAGGAAGCCGUUGUCAGCCAACAUCAAAAGCACUUGCAACGAUACUACCACGGCGUCCACUACCGUCUCUAGCAUCGUGGCCAGUACCAACGACAAGAAUAUUACCACCGGCACCGCCGCCACCACCACAACCAUCUCCACCCACGCUCCAUCCACCGAGCCCGACCCAGCGGGUACCACGGAGCUACCAUUGGAAACCAAAGAUGCGAUCCUGGAGAGCGAACCACAGGAAGAAGAACCGGAGAUCGACAUCGUUAUCAACAAUGUCGUCUGUUCGUUCAGUGUACGCUGUCAUUUGAAUCUACACGAAAUAGCACGUAACGCGAACAAUGUGGAGUUCCGGCGAGAGAACGGUAUGGUAACGAUGAAGAUACGCCGCCCGUACACCACCGCCUCAAUUUGGUCAUCCGGUAAAAUAACGUGCACCGGUGCUACAUCGGAGCAUCAGGCAAAAAUAGCAGCACGACGCUACUCCCGUUGCCUUCAGAAAUUAGGUUUUAAUGUUAGAUUUAGGAAUUUUCGUAUCGUGAAUGUGCUCGGCACUUGCAGCAUGCCGUGGGGAAUUAUGAUUGUAAACUUCUCGGAGAAGUACAAAAAGGAAGCCAGUUACGAACCAGAACUACAUCCAGGCGUGACGUAUAAGUUGCAAACCCCGAAAGCUACUCUGAAAAUAUUCUCAACCGGAAGCAUUACCGUCACUGCGGCAAGUGUGGCCUUCGUGCAAGCAGCAAUUGAGCAAAUAUUCCCACUGGUGUACGAGUUUCGUAAAAAACGUAACCCAACGGAAAAGCUGGAAGUAGUCAAGCAACCGCAAUCAUUCGAUACCUACGACGUCGACCACUUGAUAGAAGAAGACUGCGAAGGUGCAAUUGCGGAGGCUGAAGGGCUAGGGUACUGGAAUGGAACGUCUGGCGCAUCGCAACCCGAGGAACAGGUGGACGAUCUCGAGACGUUCGGUGAUGAUGAGGACGUCUGUACUCGUAACAACACCAAAGCAAUACAUAAAAUCAAUAGUAUUAGGCAAAACGGUAAGAAGCGUCGCAUGCGCCAGUUUCGUCCAUCUGGACGAGCUAUAAACGACGGAGACAGCAUGUCUGACGAUGAAUUGUGUGUUAGCGACAUCGAUUAGGGAUAGCGCAAUAGAAGGUACAGGAGCACGCCUACAAUCUGGAGGAACCGGUGCGAUCUUAUUGAUACGACUCUUGAUCAGCAUCUGUUCUAUCAGACCUAACUACUCACGCUCACACAUCUAAGGUAGACCUUCUUCUCGCCGACUUUUC